GCCGCCGCACGCUUUCCGUCCCGACCCCCGAUCGUUCGCCACAGGAGGCGUUUUCUGCUGGAGGCGCGCCAAGGUUUCCGAGCUAAGCAGCCAGCGCGAGGACCACUCAGCCAAGCUCGCUCAGCAGAAUGCCAGGUCCGAACAACUCCAAGAAGAAGAAGCAGCAAAAGAAGAAAGCGGCGAAGGCUAAGCGCGCGGCGCAAGCAGCCCAUGAUGAUUCCGCACCGCCAACCGGGGAGCAGACACCGGAGUUUACGAAGCCUCCAUCAUUGACGAGAAUCCAAGGACCACCAUCAAAGGCUCGAGCACAAUCUCGUCCUCCUUCAUCACUGCAACGACAUACUUCUCAUUCAAAUCCGCCUCAGCAACCUCCAAGCUCAUCCCAUCCUCCACAUCAUGCACCGCGACGAUCCUCACCACUUGCUCCGGAUUUUUUCUUCCCUUCACAACAACAUGCCCCACCCUCCCCCCUCCCCGCCGAACCCUUCAUCUAUGACCCCGGCAACGGCCCGCGCGUCCGCGACGCGCGCGCCUUCGUCGACUCACGCUUCUUCGCACACGCGCCCGCGUACGAGGACCCGCUCUGCGCCGAGUUCGCGCAGGAGGAGGUGCUGGAGAUGCUGAUGACGGUGCUGCCGGACGAGUUGGCGUUGAUCCUCUGGUAUAACAAGAGCCGCCUGACGAGCCGCAUCUGCCCUUCCUGCCGCCGGCUAUACAACCUCGGGCAGGCGCUCCCGGACCUCAUUGAGGACGGAGACGAGGACGACGGCGAUGGCGGGCACUCGAGCAGCGGCGACGAGGGCCUGAAGUACGGAGGCACGAAUCGAAAUAUUCAUCCGCACGCCCCUCCAAAUCCCCUCCUCGAGCGUGAGCAGAUGAUUAGCGGAUUAUGCUCCCCCGUCUGCUUCAUCCUCGCCGCGUUCGACUACCCGGGCGCGAUCAAGUCCGCAUGGGGCGCGAUGGCGGAGGAGAUGGACGACCGGGCGUGGGAGAUGUUGAAUAGGCCGGUGUCGGGGAAUGGAUUAACUCUUCUGAGCGGCACUGGAGACAGUGGAGGCGAGGGGCACGAGAGUGAAGAAGACGCCCUCAAAUCCGCGCUCGGAAUGCUCGUGCGCAUGACGCGGCUGCACGACCUGGGGCUCGCGCAGUUGUUGUGUAUGCCGGAGGAGGCGGGAGGGGAGGGAGGAGAGGACGAGCCCGUGCAUGGAGAAGAGGACGAGCUUGUGCGGGGAGACGAGGACGAGCCUGUGCAGGGAGAAGAGGGCGAGCCCGUGCAGGGAGAAGAGGACGAGCCCGUGCAGGGAGACGAGGACGAGCCCGUGCAAGGUCCGAUAGCGGGAAGGGAGAAGGGGGAGGAAGAGCCUUUGCAGGUAACAGAAGUGGUGAGGGCAUGAUGGGCCGAUGCAGCGUGAUGGAGACGGUGUAGCAUGAUGGGCCGGGGACGAUGUAGCGUGAUGGGACGAUGUAGCAUGAUGGGGUACGAUGUAGCAUGAUGGGGACGAUGUAGCGUGAGGAAGGCCAUCUAGGACGCUGCUUUAUUCGAGGAGGCGGAUGUACCACUGAUUUAUCUGGCUUUCCGAUAUCCUGGCUUUCCGAUGUCCAACGCUGGUGACUCUCAGCUCAUGCGCGGUCCAUAGCGCCCUGCAUCGGGGCCGAGGGAGGGCGUAGAUGGUGGUCUCGUCCUGC